ACUGUAGCCUGCGUCUGGUGGAGGGAGAGUGAGCGGGGCUGCCCUGAAUGGAUUGACAUAAGAGGGAUUUACAUUUUAACGGGUGUCGUGGUCCCAAAGACUACACGAAGCACGCCGAAAACCAGCUAUUCCCCGUCGAUGCGUGUUCACGCUGUCGGUGCUUCUUCUCGUAUCAUGCCCAUGUGUCAUCGUCUGGAGAGGAUUGAACUUACCAGCGGUCUAUAUUUGCCGAGGAGGGAAACCAAUACAAGGUCUUGCUGUCUCGUUGGAGCGCGGUAUUAUUAGCAGUUCAGACAGUGCAACUGUCUCUCUGUGGUCAUGCACUGCAAUUUCAAAAUCAGGCCAGCAUCAUAAUUUGCAUUUAAAAUACAGAAGAGGAGGAUUUUUUUUUUUUAAGUAAAAAAUAUUGUGUGCAGAGCAAAAGAUAAGCAUUCACCUGGCUCCCAUGCUGGCUGCCAGAAAUCCUCCCCUCCACACCCUCAGCCAUGCCUGCUACUACCAGACCCACCAGGAUACAGACACCUGCUCAGAGGAAGAACAGCCAGAAAGUGAGCCGGACCAAGAGUCAAAACUGCAAUUCAAAUAAAACCAGAGGAAGAGCUGCAGAGAGGACCCAGAAGACAGCCAGAGAACCCAAAAGUUCAACAACCAGGGCCCAGGCACAGUCAGGCCAAAGUCCCCGUGGAAGAGGGGUUAGCAGAUCUGCUGCUCAAGGUCCCAGGUGGUCCCCCAGUGGAGUGAACCAUGCCCUAAAUGUAACAGGAUCUGCAAGGCUUAGACGGGUGAGCAAUCCGCCUGAACACUGUGGCAAGUUACAAGACUCCCUGGGGCGAAGGAAGUCCCAGCGGGGCACAAAAGUGUCCAUUACUCCCUGCCAGCCUCCUAAACCUUGCAGCAGAGGGAAGUACAGCAGGGGGAGCACUAGGGGAAGACCAGCACCCCAGCACGGAAACAAAAGAAACCAGCCACUGAGUACCAGAAUCAACGAUUCAGCUCCUGAUGAGAAAAAUGAGAAUCUGGGAGAUUGUGAUGAUGAGGAAACCCUUCCAGUUGAUCUGAAAACAGAGGUUGCGACUCCUGCAAGUGUCAAAGACCAGGGUCUCAGAGUCAACAGUGCUAAAGUUGGCAGUGCUCUUAAAGCUGAUUCACCACUGUGUAAUGACACACUGGAAGACUGUGUGCAUAACAGCUGUGACGGUCCUAUAACCCAGCAAGAGGAAAUUACUGAAAGCCAUAAGAGUGAAGGUGACCUUAAGAGUGUCACUGGAGCCCCAGUGGGUGAUGAUGUUGAUGGACAAAUAAAACUCUGCAGUGAAAAGAGUAAAGAAACCCGUUCUGAGUCUGCUGAGUCAACCACCUCAGGCUCACUGGAGGUGCAGGGCAGCUGUGAGGGAAAUGACGGUUCUAUCCUUGAAAAGAAGCUUGAUCAUCCUGCCAGGGAUGAUAAGGAAGAUGAUGUAUGUGCUGUCCAACAAGAGCAAGGCAAUGUCCUGUUAUUGGAAGACAAAAGGAUGGAUGAAAGAGUGACAGUUGACAAUGAGAGAAGAGAGGAGAUAAAUUGUGAGAGGAAAGAGAGUAUAGAAGUAGCAAAGGCAGUUCAGAGGCAAAAAGAGACAGUGGAAGAGAUGGAGGACAUCACUUGCAGGCUGGGUAAUUGUGAGAAUGAAGAUGGAGUUAAAAAACAGGAGGAGAAUGAUGUUUCCAUCGAUCCCACUGACCCCCAAACUGGCACUCCAGCCUGUCAAACUCCAGAUCCACCUCAUUCUAACAAGGGACUGACAGCACAGUCAGAAUCACCUGCUUGUGUGCAACUGGUCUCCAACACAGCUACCUCAAAUCCCACCAAAGUCCCCUCCACCUCAGAGUCACUUGACAAGGUUCUGAGUAAGAUAGAUAUUCAACCUACCACUCAUGGUGCUAAACCUCAACCUCCAGGGUCCCCAGUUGUCACUGAAGCAGCCCUAGAUAUUCAACCUACCACUCAUGGUGCUAAACCUCAACCUCCAGUGUCCCCAGUUGUCACUGAAGCAGCCCUGGUGGCGCAGGCUGUUGUAGUGAAAAGAAAUAUGCCAGUUAUUAUUCGUACAGACUCCCUCAAACCUAGCAACUUGAGGAAUUCCUGCCACGGGGAACCACACCAGCUGCAAAGCCAAGAGAUCCUUCUUCCUCAAGGAGAAAGCCUAGCUUGCACACCAGCAGAGUCACAAACCAAAGAUAGUGAAUCCAUUCGAGAGCCACUGGAGCACAACAGCCAGAAAGAGCUACCUGUGGGGUCCUCACUAUUACUUUCCCAGCUGGCUGCAGAGUGUGAACUAAACCUCAGAGAGGUUCAGGUAGCAGUGCCAGAGCGGGACUCGGUGCCAAAGAUCUCGACUCCCUCUCUGGAUAGUAGCUCCACCUUCUCCUGCAGCUCAGAAAGCACUCGAUCCUCUUUUUCUUUUGAAACUGAAUCAGAAGCAGGGUAUGGAGAGCCCAGCUUCUCUGUUCAGCCCGGAUUCUGGGGCCAAGAGGGAACCAGCUCACUAUCCUGGACAGCUUCAAAACUGCACAGGAAGGAGGGGAAAAAGCGGCGUAGGUGUGGGACAUGCGAGCCGUGCCUCAGGAAGAUCAGCUGUGGCCAGUGCAGCUGCUGCCUCAACCGCAGGACUGGCCACCAGAUCUGUAAGCUGAGGAAGUGCGUGGAACUGAAGAGGAGAAGACCUUCAGCUCCACAGACUCACCCUGCUGCACAGGUGGCUCCAGAAAGUGGGUUGGUAAAUGGCACAGGCAAAGCACAGAUGGAUGACACCCAUAUGGCAGCAGAGGAGGAUGAGGGGGAGGAAGGCCACAUACCUCAUACACAAUCCCCCCCCAUCACCCACUCACUCACCCACAACCAGGCUUUGGACCAAGGUGGACGGCCAGCACUUAUUAAAGGAGAGCCUGGGCUGGAGCUGACCAGCACUGCAUUUCACCAACACAUAUGCUCUUCUGUAACUUUUCAGAACAGUUCUGCUGUGAACUUGAUAAAACCUAAUGGUGCUAAUAUGACCACUGUGUCACACUCUGAUCUGAAGUCUGCAUUUAAACGGACUACAGUAGCUUUGGAGCCUCAAAGGACUAUCAUAGCUGCAGUUCCUAAAGACUCUGAGAAUGGACCCAUGACUCCUCCAGAUGACAUGUCAGUUCCACUAAAGAAGAUCAAACAGGAGGAGCCGUGGGUGUGGAUCACUGAACAGACCACCGCGCAGCUGAGCGAUGAAGAUGAAGUAUGUGAGGACCCACUGGCUACGUUGGCGGCCGUUGUGUGUCUUUCUGUCACAGAGAGGAAGGGGCUGGAGGAGAAACUUUUCAGCUCACGUUCCUCCAUACUUCACUCCAUCAAAGCAGAGCCACCAGAUUUGCACUUUGUGAGAAAAGAGAAAGAAGACUUAAAGAAUAACUUGUGUCAGAAAAGCACUCCUGUUAAUCUGCAAAGGACUCCCCCACCGAUUAAAACUGAGCCUCCUCCAAGUGUCUUGUUACCAAGUGUGCAGUCUUUGGCAGAGAGGAGAAAUCUUAGUGUUGAUCAGGCUAUUGCUAUUGAGGCCUUGACUCAGCUGGCAGCUAUACCUCAGAACACCCCAGGGUCCAUUAAAGCUGAAAGUAAGUGUGAACAUCCCGUUUCUACUGCUGUGCCAUCAUCAGCCUUCAAUGCAAAUACAGUCCUGCAAGAAGCCAAACCCGCAGUAGCUAUCAGCUACAACAAAGUCUCGGUCAUCAGCUCACCACUACACCAGACGUCAGUCAUACACCCUCCUGUGGCCAGACAAGGGAAUGUCAUUCAGUGCUCCAAGAUUUUGAGCUUAAACAAGAUGCAGGAGGCAAGUGAUAAAAAGCUCUCCAGGAGGACAGAACAGGAUUGUGGUGCUUAUCUCAUUAAGUCUGAAUUCAGCUAUAAAACCCCCACUGAUGUGAAGUUCAGCAAGGAUCAUGAGUGUUUAUCUGCAGAGGGGCGAGGUGGGAUUGUUGCUAAAGUGAGCCGAAACAGGGACGAAGAGGAAGUGGCAGCUCAGCUGGCAAACCUGGCCUUUAUCAUCCAGUCCCAGCACAACCAGCAGUCAGAGAACAAUCCUCCAAAAGGAACACCUGUGUCAGCUAUCAAAUACAACUACAAUAAAUCCCAGCAGCCUCCCAGUCAGAAAACACCUGUCAGAAAGAAAACAAAAGCUACGCCUUCCAAGCCCAGGAAGAAGAGAACUGAUGGAUCACAAGAGGGAAUCAAUCGGACUCCGCUCUCAAAACGCAUGCCAAAUGGAGGGACACCCCACAGGGGCAGAAACCAGAAGGUUCUCUUGCAGGGGAAAUCAAACCUUCACCACAAGCUGAACCUAUUUCUUCCUCAGGCACAAAUUGAUCUGAAGAGAUACUUGGCUGAGGCUCAGGGGGAAAGGAGGCAAUUCAUCCAUCAGAAUAACACUCAAAAUAUAUCUCAUUUAGGGCAGCAGACUCAGAACUAUAGCACUCUCACAACGAUCAACCACACUUCCGGUCAAGAAAGCCAGCCGUGGUCCCUUUCCAAUGGUCCACUUCACCAACACAAUCCAUGCAAUGGUUAUACUGCAGGACCAGAAGAGUGCAAAAAGUUAUCUCAGGUAGUGCAGCCCUGUGGUGGGCUGCAGCAUGGUGCUGACCCUAUCACCAGCCCAGCCAAAUCAGCUUUUCUCAGCCCCACCACUGAGCAUCAUGGUCUGGCUAAUGGCUUCUCAGGGGCUCGUCAGUCCCCUCCUCCAAGUCAACAGAGCUACUACAAGCUGGAGAGUGCAGGACCUGUCACUGUCUUGUCAACGGCUACUGAUGGUGCUCAGGGCCACUCUGCAAACUCAACACCAUCCAAGAAUGGCAUCAACAGUUUUCUGGAGUCUCCCUUGAGUUUUCUGGAUACCCCUACGAAGAACUUGCUCAGCACACCUUCCAGUAAACUGUCUGAUCUUCCACCCUGUCAAUGUGUAGACCAGAUCAUUGAAAAGGAAGAAGGCCCUUACUAUACUCAUCUUGGGGCAGGACCGAGUGUUGCCGCAGUGAGGGAACUUAUGGAGAACAGGUAUGGUGCCAAAGGAAAUGCAGUAAGGGUGGAAGUUGUUGUUUACACUGGGAAAGAAGGCAAGAGCUCCCAGGGGUGUCCAAUAGCUAAAUGGGUGAUCCGGCGUAGCAACGAGGAGGAGAAGCUGCUGUGCUUGGUUCGCCAGAGGCCAGGGCACCACUGCAACACUGCAGUGUUGGUGAUCCUCAUCCUGGCCUGGGAGGGAAUCGCUCGGCCAAUUGCAGACCAUCUAUACCAGGAGCUCACAGAAACCCUCUUUAAAUACGGCUCUCCCACCAGCCGUCGUUGUGCACUCAAUGAAGAUCGCACGUGUGCGUGCCAGGGUUUAGAUCCGGACACCUGCGGAGCUUCAUUUUCCUUUGGCUGCUCCUGGAGUAUGUACUUCAACGGAUGUAAAUUUGCACGCAGCAAAGUGCCCCGCAAGUUCCGCCUGCAAGGUGACUACCGAGAGGAGGAGGUGAAGAUAGAAAACAACCUUCAGAGUCUUGCCACAAAGGUUGCGCCACUCUACAAGAAACUGGCUCCUGAGGCUUUCCACAACCAGGUGGAAUAUGAGUCGGCAGGGGGUGAAUGCCGUCUGGGCAGGAAUGAGGGGCGUCCUUUUUCUGGGGUCACAGCUUGUGUGGAUUUCUGUGCUCAUGCUCACAAAGACACUAGCAACAUGAAUAAUGGCAGCACCGUGGUUUGCACUUUAACUAAGGAAGACAACCGUGCAAUUCGUAACAUACCAGAGGAUGAGCAGCUCCAUGUGCUGCCACUUUACAAGAUCUCUGACACGGAUGAGUCUGGUCAAGCUGAGGGCCAGAUGGCCAAGAUCCAAAGUGGUGCUCUGCAAGUUCUGUCUUCCUUUCCCCGAGAGGUUCGUCUGCUGGCUGAGCCGGUAAAAUCAGCUCGAAAGAUCAGACAAGAGGCUCGUCUUAAGGCUCAAGCAGAGAAACUGGAGAAGAAGCUUGGGCUGACUCCCCUCACCCCUGGAAAAGUAAAAGUUGAAAGCCCCAACAAAGAGCCUCACGGCUACAACAGCUCUUACAGACUACCACCCAGACCUGCUAGUGCGGGAAAGUACCCACCAGAGAAGAAUCAAUCCAGCAUUUAUAGCCAGAUCAGCAGCUACCCCACCCUGCAGAGGGAGGUCCUCUCACCCAACACCCAUGGCCUGCAUGGCCAGUUUGGACAGAAUGGCUCAGUUCUCAGUUAUAAGACAAUGAGUGAUACGGUGAAUGGUUAUUCUCCAGCAUCUGGUGACCAGAGUGCUCCAAUAGAGCAUUUACCUCCACGUACCACACCUACUGACUACCAUGGUGCUUUUAAAGCUGAGCCCAGCGAGGUGCACUGCUCUCCUCUGCACAAACUUCCCCCCAGUAGGAGCGCUCCUCCUCCCUCUUCCUUCUCCCCAACUCCAACCUCUGAGGGCCUCUUCAGCCGGCUCAAUGGACUCCUCGGAGCUGCAGGAGAUAUGAUUGGAGAGGUUAGGGGUCAAGGCCUCCCUCCAGUCUCUCCUCUCUGCCUUCCCGUACAAACCCCCACCCUUGAACCAGAGGAAGUUAAGCAGGAAGAGGUUUGGUCAGACAGCGAACACAACUUCCUCGACAGCGAAAUAGGCGGAGUCGCUGUGGCACCGUCGCAUGGUUCCAUCCUAAUCGAGUGCGCGCGACGAGAGCUCCACGCCACUACUCCGGUCCUUAAGCCAAAUCGCAGCCAUCCCACCCGCAUUUCUCUAGUCUUCUACCAGCACAAGUCCCUAAAUGAGCCAGGCCACGGGAUGGCUAUGUGGGACGCCAAAAUGGCCAAGCGGGAACGAGAUCGGGAGGAGGAGGCUGAGAGAUUGAGGCUGGAGGGCAGCCUAAGCAGAGGCACUGGAGGGGUGGAUGGAGAGGAGGAAACAGGAGAGGAGACAGAGGAGAUGAGGAGGAUAAUGAAUGUCCCCACACGUCAGGCAUGGACUCUCCCGAGGGAUGGGGUCAUCACCGUGUCCCCAUAUGCUCUUACCCAAGUGACAGGUCCAUACAAUCGCUGGUCUUAGUCAACCUGUUUUAAAUCCUGACACACAAACACAGUGCGCACACUCACACACAGAAAACUCCUACACCCUGUGCUUCUGCCUUACCUCAGACAAUUUUAAACUGCUACUCUCAUUUUUAGAUUGUUUUAUUCUUUUUUUCAUUGUGCUUUUCUUAUGUCUGUUCACUUUGCCCUUCUUCGUCUCUUCCUUCAAAGUGACGAGGGAGACCAAAGCUUGUUGGCUUUUUAACUGUGAGUUUCAGUGUUGGUUUUUAUUGUAAAGAGAUGGUGCUUUGAAGCAUUUAAAAGACAUUUUUAAACUGGUUUUAUAUACAGAACAAAAAACAAAAAGAUGUGAUUAUUUAUUCUGAUCAUAACGAUUUAUAUUUAAUUUCUGGUGUAAGCCUGUUUACUGCAAGAUUUCUACAAUGACCUGCAUUAUGUUUUGACGCUCAGAUUUUAUGUUGUACAGUAGAAAUUUUCUUUUUAUUUCAGCCAAUAAGUCUCUUUUCAAAAGAUGAAUCUCAUUGGCUUUUUACAUCGGUGCCAUUUUCACUGUAAUCUUUGUUCAGCAGACUCAUUACAUCACAUUAUGUAGAAAACAAGACUAAUAUUGUGCAUAUUUUUACUACAGAUUGUCACAUGUAGCAUUAUGCUUUUCCUUCUUCUGCCACUCACUUCUGUUGGCGGUUGAUGAAAGAAAUGUACCUCCUUGGUUUGUUUAUUCAUUUUAUCCACAUCUGGAUGGUUUGUCUUUUAUUCACAGAUAUGUGUGGCAUAUUAAAAAGCACUUUUUUUUUUUUUUUUAAUUUUCCUAAACCUAACUUGAAAAAGGUCCCGGUCCAUAGGCCUGAAUAUGUAUGUACAGACAGAGAUAUAUAUGACAGUUUAGCAUUAAUCCUCUUUUUUUUAUUUUUACAGUAUUUCUGCACUUAAUUGUGUUUCACUCGACUGAUUGAAGAUGGCAUACAUAUCUAAUGAAAUUAAAUACCUAGUGAGGAAUCCUGAAAUGCUGCAUGAGUAAAGUGCUUAUUGUCAUUUGCACUUAACUUAUGUUCAGCUUCUGGAAAAGGAAUUCAGUUUUUCAUAGGGAACAAGCGUGAUCAUAGGAAUUUAAAAAACCUACUGUACGUGUUAAUGGUGCUAAGGAGACCUGUUUUUCUUUACAGAAACCACAAAGUGUCAGAUAUGUCAACAGAAUAUUGUCAGCUUUUAUGUCCAUACUCUGAGUUUGAACAUGAAACUGCAUUAGCCACUGCUGAAUAAUCAAACUAUUUCUUCUUUUCCCUUUGCCUGUGCUUUUGUCGUAAAACCACUCAAAUACCAGAUCCCACUUUGACGGCUGCCUAAGACGAUUUCGGGUGCUCGACCUUCGUGAAAACUUUGUUUACAGAACGCUUUUUUACAGGGUCUAAAAAAAGGGGUUGGUAUCAACUCCUGGUGAAUCAGGAUUCUUAUUAUUUUUUCUUUUUUUUGUUACCCAUGAAAGAGAAGCUCUUUAUUUUAAGAAUGGAUCAGUUAGCACAACACAACCUGUAAUAUUUACACUAAAACUGAUGGCAUAACAUUUCCUUUAGAAGCAUUUAGGCCUUUAAACACUUUGACUUGCUUUUGGUGCUAAUAGAUGUCAAGGUACAUGCAUUGGUGCAGCCUGCUUAUGUACUGUGUAACAGUGAUGGCAUGGUGCUUUUUGAAACUCAGCACUCACUGAUCCUGUAUUUAAUUCAGUUCAUUUGUCCAGAUCGUUACUGCCUGGCAACAAACUGAGAAACCUUAAACAAAAUGUUUGUCAAGUACGAGUGAAAUAGCACACUACUGUGCAGAGAUCCACGCAGAGUUCAAAUGUCUUCCACAGGUAACCCAACUUUGCAGCAAUUAUCAAAAAUCACAACAAAACACACAAAUAAAAAUGAAUGUAAAUGUUUUUUAAAUGAGUUAAAUUUAGAAAGAAUAUUUUUGAACAUCACAUGGCAAAAUUACACUUCUAAAUGUUUCUUUCGACUUGCUGUGGGGGACAUUUUCAGUCCGCAAUGAGCAUUUUUUUUAAUCAACAAAGAACUAACAAUGAGCACCAGCAUUUAAAAAAAAUUGAAAAAAAAAAAACUUUUAUUAGUAGAAAAAUGUGUAAAUAUGUACGUGAACCACAUUGUUUUUACUGUAUUGUUACUGGUGUUUAGACAUUGGGUGAUCUUGCUUAUUUUGAAACUGAAUUACUGUACGUCGCUUAAAGUAUAUCCAGUUUAGACUUGAGAAGAGAAUAAAUUUAGCAUUCCUUUUGUGGAUGGCUGAUCUCUUUCGGGAUUGUGAAAUAAAGUCAUAUUUAUA